AUGGCAUCAAUAGGGGAGUUCGAUCCGCUGAACAACAUCGUUCCUGCAACUAAAAUUGAAGUAACCGUGUCAUGCAGGGAUCUUCUGGACGUGGACAAAUUUUCCAAGUCUGAUCCUGUGGUUGUGCUGUAUGUUCAGGGUAUCGGGACCAAAGAGUGGAUGGAGUUUGGCAGAACAGAGGUGAUUGACAACACGCUGAAUCCAAACUUUGUGCGGAAGUUUUUCCUGGACUUCUUCUUUGAAGAGAAGCAGAACCUCCGCUUUGAUGUAUACAAUGUGGACUCCAGAAGUUCAAAUAUUUCAAAAUUUGACUUCCUGGGUCAGACCUUCUGCACUCUGGGGGAGAUCAUUGGCUCCACGGGCGGACGGCUGGAGAAGAGCCUCUCUGGGAUUCCUGGGAAGAAGUUGGGGGCCAUUAUCUUUGCGGCGGAGGAGCUCAGUAACUGUAGGGACAUUGCUACCAUGCAGCUGUGUGCCAACAAGCUGGACAAGAAGGACUUUUUUGGGAAGUCUGACCCCUUCCUGGUCUUCUACCGAAGUAACGAAGAUGGAACGUUCACUAUCUGUCAUAAGACGGAGGUGGUUAAGAACACCCUGAACCCUGUUUGGCAGCCCUUCACCAUCGCAGUGAGGGCCCUGUGUAACGGGGACUAUGACAGAACGGUUAAAGUGGAUGUCUAUGACUGGGACAGAGAUGGAAGCCAUGAUUUCAUCGGUGAGUUCACCACAAGUUACAGAGAUUUCUCGCGUGGACAAAACCAGUUUAAUGUCUAUGAGGUUCUAAAUCCAAAAAAGAAGGGCAGGAAAAAGAAAUACAUCAACUCCGGCACGGUAACACUGCUGUCCUUCAAAGUGGAGUCAGAGUAUACGUUUGUGGAUUUCAUCCGAGGCGGGACACAACUCAACUUCACAGUAGCCAUCGACUUCACUGCUUCUAAUGGUAAUCCGUCUCAGCCCACUUCCCUCCACUACAUGAACCCGUACCAGAUGAACGCCUACGCCAUGGCACUCAAAGCUGUGGGGGAGAUCAUCCAGGACUACGACAGUGACAAGCUUUUCCCAGCCUAUGGCUUCGGAGCCAAGCUGCCCCCCGACGGAAAGAUAUCCCACGCCUUCCCUCUGAGUGGUGACAAUGAAACCCCAAACUGUGUGGGGAUAGAGGGAGUGCUGGAGGCGUACUUCCAGGGCCUCAGGACGGUCCAACUCUACGGACCCACCAACUUCUCUCCAGUCAUCAACCAGGUGGCACGAUCUGCACAGGAUGUGACAGAUGGCUCUCAGUACUUUGUGUUGUUGAUGAUCACAGACGGAGUUAUCUCUGACAUGGUGCAGACCAAGGAGGCUGUGGUCAACGCAGCUGCUCUCCCCAUGUCCAUCAUCAUCGUAGGGGUUGGACCUGCAAAGUUUGACGCCAUGGAGGAGCUGGAUGGAGAUGAGGUCAGAGUGUCCUCCAGAGGGCGCUUUGCUGAAAGAGACAUUGUGCAGUUUGUUCCUUUCCGGGACUACAUGGACCAGUCAGGGAACCAGGUCCUGAGCAUGGCCCGGCUGGCCAAAGACGUGCUGGCUGAGAUCCCCGAGCAGCUUCUGGGCUUCAUGAAGACCAGAGGCAUUGAGCCCCGGCCUGCUCUCUCCUCAUCAGAGCUGCCCAAGCUCCACAGGCAUAUCUGA